UGAUCGGCAGUCACCCCCCACGUUAGAACUUUGAAUGGACAGAAAUUGUUUCCUUAUCCUCGUUUUCCCUCCCAGAUAACCAAGAACCAAAUCAAACAAAACCCACAAGGGAAAACCAAUGGCCGAAGCUGUCAUGAGCUUCUCCAUCAUCAAACCAGUUCAUACCACCAAAUUGGAAAUCCAUCCUUCUUCAUCCAUAUCGCUUAGGCAAGGCACAAGUGUAAAGCUGUAUCGUUGUUGGUUAAGUAGUGAAGGAAAGAAGGUGGAAAGGGGUUGUUUCUGUAAAGUGAAUGCUUUGCCAGAUUUGCAUUUAAUGGCAGUUCUGGUUCAGCAACUUGAAGGCCAAAGAGACAUCAUAACCAACAAGUCUAUUUGGCAUCUCAGUGACCAAGCCAUUAAGAAUGUUUAUACUUUCUACAUCAUGUUCACUUGUUGGGGAUGCAUGUUCUUUGGUUCCACUAAAGAUCCAUAUUAUGACUCAGAAGCUUAUAGGAAAGAUGGAGGAGAUGGUACUGGACACUGGGUAUAUGACAAGCAAGAGGACAUAGAAGAAUCCGCAAGGGCAGAGUUAUGGCGAGAGGAGCUGAUAGAGGAGAUUGAACAGAAGGUUGGUGGGUUGCGAGAGCUGGAAGAAGCUGGCCGGAAGUAGUAACUAAAUUACAUGCCUUUAUUUUAUUUGAAUUAAUGCCUCUCCUCAAUUUUGCAAAUCUCCAGCAUUAUUAGUUGUAUGUAUGUAUGUGUGUGUAUAUAUAUAUAUAUAUAUAUGUUUACUCAACCUAUUUUCUGUCCAUAUGAUAGCUUUUAUUAAUUUAAAAUUAUAGCCAUUUCUU